GAGUGUGGGAAGAGUUUUAUUAAGCAGAGUAAUCUCCAACAACACCAGCGUAUUCACACAGGAGAGAAGCCAUAUCAGUGUUCAGAGUGUGGAAACACUUUUGCUCAACGGGGUACCCUUCAAAAACACCAGCGUAUUCAUACAGGAGAGAAGCCAUAUCACUGCUUAGAGUGUGGAAGCAGUUUUUCUCGUCAGAGUACGCUCCAAAGACACCAGCACAUUCACACAGGAGAGAAGCCAUUUCAGUGUUCGGACUGUAAACAGAGUUUUACUCAAAGCAGUAACCUUAAAUUACACCAGCGUAUUCACACAGGAGAGAAACCGUAUUACUGCUCAGAGUGUGGGAGGAGUUUUUCUUACAGUAAUGCUCUUAAAGUACACCAGCGUAUUCACACUGGAGAAAAGCCACAUCACUGCUCAGAGUGUGGAAAGAGUUUCAUUCAAAGUUGUGACCUUAAAGUACACCAGCGUGUUCACACUGGAGAGAAGCCCUAUCACUGCUCAGAGUGUGGAAAGAGUUUUAUUCAAAGAAGUGACCUUAAAGUACACCAGCGUGUUCACACUGGAGAGAAGCCGUAUCACUGCUUAGAGUGUGGAAAGAGUUUUGCUCAACAGAAUAACCUUCAAAAACACCAGCGUAUUCACACUGGAGAGAAACCAUAUUACUGCUCAGAGUGUGGAAAGAGUUUUGCUGAACAUAGUACCCUUCAAAACCACCAGCGUGUUCACACAGGAGAGAAACCGUAUAACUGCACUGAGUGUGGAAAAAGUUUUACUCGAAGUAGUGCCCUUAAAGUACACCAGCGUAUUCACACAGGAAAGAAACCGUAUCACUGCUUAGAGUGUGGAAAGAGUUUUACUCAAAGUAGUGUCCUUACAGUACACCAGUGUGUUCACACAGGAGAGAAGCCGUAUCACUGCUCAGAGUGUGGAAAGAUUUUUGCUCAUGAAAAUAAUCUCAAACGGCAUCAGCGUAUUCACAUAGAAAAAUUACAUCACUGGUAA